AUGGCGACUGAGAUUUUGGACCCGACUCUGCAGAAUAUCUUGGACCAGAAGUCGCUCAAGUGGAUCUUCUGCGGCACGGUGGCGUUGGUGCGUAAAACCACGACGUCGUGUUCGCUCGCUAUUCAGCUGGCAGCAUGCCGUGAAUCCGUCCUUCUCAUCUCCACGGAUCCAGCGCACAACCUCUCGGAUGCCUUCGGCCAGAAGUUCUCGAAAGAGGCGACGAAGGUGAACGGGGUCGACAACCUCUUCGCGAUGGAGAUCGACCCUACGAGUGCGAUUCAAGAGAUGGUCGAGCAGUCGGACUCGAAUGGAAUGAUGGGCAGCAUGAUGCAGGAUCUCGCGUUCGCCAUUCCGGGUGUCGACGAAGCGAUGAGCUUCGCCGAAAUCAUGAAGCACGUCAAGUCAAUGGAAUACUCCGUCAUCGUAUUCGACACGGCCCCGACAGGGCACACCCUCCGCUUCCUCUCCUUCCCCACCGUCCUGGAGAAGGCGCUCGGUAAACUGAGUGCGCUCAGUGGGCGGCUCGGGCCCAUGAUCAACCAGAUGACGAGCCUUAUGGGCGGCCAGGCGGACGCACCAGAAGACAUGUUCGCCAAGCUGGAGAGCAUGCGCGCGGUCAUCACGGAAGUGAACACGCAGUUCAAGGAUCCAGAAAAGACAACCUUCGUCUGCGUCUGCAUUUCCGAGUUCCUCUCGCUCUACGAGACCGAGCGCCUGGUGCAAGAGCUCACCGCGUACGAGAUUGACACCCACAACAUUGUCGUCAACCAGCUUCUCUUCCCCAAGACGAGCUCAAACUGCGAGCACUGUCGCGUGCGGCACAACAUGCAGCAGAAGUACCUGAACGAGGCACACGAGCUCUACGACGAGUUCUUCCACAUCAUACAGCUACCAUUGCUCACGGAGGAGGUACGCGGACCGCAAAAGCUCAGGGAGUUCAGCAAGAUGCUGGUGGAGCCGUACGUACCCCCUGUAGACUAA